AUGACCACCAUGGUCAACGUGGAUGCCCUUCCAGAGUAUGAGAAGAGUCAGAUCAAGAGAGCCCUGGAGCUGGGGACGGUGAUGACUGUGUUCAGCUUCCGCAAGUCCACCCCUGAGCGGAGGACCGUCCAGGUGAUCAUGGAGACACGGCAGGUGGCCUGGAGUAAGACCGCUGACAAGAUAGAGGGCUUCUUGGAUAUCAUGGAAAUUAAGGAAAUCCGCCCAGGGAAGAAUUCCAAGGACUUUGAGCGCGCAAAAGCGGCCCGUCAGAAGGAGGACUGCUGCCUGACCAUCCUGUACGGCUCCCAGUUCGUCCUCAGCACGCUUAGCCUGGCAGCUGACUCUAAAGAGGAUGCCGUUAAGUGGCUGUCUGGCUUGAAAAUCUUACACCAAGAAGCAAUGAACGCAUCCACACCGACCAUGAUCGAGAGUUGGCUGAGAAAGCAGAUUUAUUCUGUGGAUCAAACCAGAAGGAACAGCAUCAGCCUCCGAGAGUUGAAGACCAUCUUGCCCCUGGUCAACUUCAAAGUGAGCAGCGCCAAGUCCCUCAAAGAUAGGUUCGUGGAAAUAGGUGCGCACAAAGACGAGCUCAGCUUUGAACAGUUCCAUCUCUUCUAUAAAAACCUUAUGUUUGAGCAGCAGAAAUUGAUUCUUGAUGAAUUCAAAAAGGAUUCCUCCGUGUUCAUGCUGGGGAACACGGACCGGCCGGAUGCCUCUGCUGUCUACCUGCAUGACUUCCAGAGGUUUCUCCUACAUGAACAGCAGGAACUUUGGGCUCAGGAUCUGAACAAAGUCCGUGAGCGGAUGACAAAGUUCAUCGAUGACACCAUGCGGGAAACUGCCGAGCCUUUCCUGUUCGUGGAUGAGUUCCUCACCUACCUGUUCUCACGAGAAAACAGCAUCUGGGAUGAGAAGUAUGAUGUGGUGGACAUGCAGGACAUGAACAACCCCUUGUCCCAUUACUGGAUUUCCUCAUCACACAACACGUACCUGACGGGGGACCAGCUGCGGAGCGAGUCGUCCACAGAGGCGUACGUCCGCUGUCUGCGCAUGGGCUGCCGCUGCAUCGAGUUGGACUGCUGGGACGGGCCCGACGGGAAGCCCAUCAUCUACCAUGGCUGGACGAGGACCACCAAGAUCAAGUUUGAUGAUGUUGUGCAGGCCAUCAAAGACCACGCCUUUGUAACCUCAAGCUUCCCGGUGAUCCUGUCCAUCGAGGAACACUGCAGUGUGGAGCAGCAGCGCCACAUGGCCAAGACCUUCAAGGAGGUGUUUGGGGACCUGCUUCUGAUGAAGCCCACGGAGGCCAGUGCCGACCAGCUGCCCUCACCCAGCCAGCUGCGGGAGAAGAUCCUCAUCAAGCAUAAGAAGCUGGGUCCCCGAGGUGACGUGGAUGUCAACGUGGAUGACAAGAAGGAUGAACACAAGCAACAGGGUGAACUGUACAUGUGGGAUUCCAUCGACCAGAAAUGGACUCGGCACUACUGCGCCAUCGCUGAUGCCAAGCUGUCUUUUAGUGACGAUAUUGAACAGACUGUAGAGGAAGAACUGCCCCAGGAUAUACCCCCCACAGAGCUGCAUUUUGGGGAGAAGUGGUUCCACAAGAAGGUUGAGAAGAGGACGAGUGCCGAGAAGCUGCUCCAGGAAUACUGCACGGAGACGGGGGGCAAGGACGGUACCUUUUUGGUGCGGGAGAGUGAGACCUUCCCCAACGACUACACCCUGUCCUUCUGGCGCUCAGGCCGUGUCCAGCACUGCCGGAUCCGCUCCACCAUGGAGGGCGGGACCCUGAAGUACUACCUGACUGACAACCUGACCUUCACCAGCAUCUACGCCCUCAUCCAGCACUACCGCGAGACGCACUUGCGCUGCGCCGAGUUCGAGCUGCGGCUCACCGACCCCGUGCCCAACCCCAACCCCCACGAGUCCAAGCCGUGGUACUAUGACAGGCUGAGCCGUGGAGAAGCAGAGGACAUGCUGAUGAGAAUUCCCCGGGAUGGAGCCUUCCUCAUCCGGAGGCGGGAAGGAAGCGACUCCUUCGCCAUCACCUUUAGGGCUAGAGGCAAGGUGAAGCACUGCCGGAUCAACCGAGACGGCAGACACUUCGUGCUGGGGACCUCUGCCUACUUUGAGAGCCUGGUGGAGCUCGUCAAUUACUAUGAGAAGCAUGCCCUCUACCGGAAGAUGCGUCUGCGCUACCCUGUGACCCCCGAGCUCCUGGAGCGCUAUAACAUGGAAAGAGAUAUAAACUCCCUCUAUGACGUCAGCAGGAUGUAUGUGGAUCCGAGUGAAAUCAACCCGUCCAUGCCUCAGAGAACGGUGAAAGCUUUGUAUGACUACAAAGCCAAGCAAAGUGACGAGCUGAGCUUCUGCCGUGGGGCCCUCAUCCACAAUGUCUCCAAGGAGCCUGGGGGCUGGUGGAAAGGAGAUUAUGGGACCAGAAUCCAGCAGUACUUCCCGUCUAACUAUGUCGAGGACAUUUCAACCGCCGAUGUUGAGGAGCUGGAGAAGCAGAUUAUUGAAGACAAUCCCUUAGGGUCUCUUUGCAGAGGAAUAUUGGACCUCAAUACCUAUAACGUUGUGAAAGCCCCGCAGGGGAAAAACCAGAAGCCGUUUGUCUUUAUCCUGGAGCCCAAGAAGCAAGGUGAUCCUCCGGUGGAGUUUGCCACAGACAAGGUGGAAGAGCUCUUCGAGUGGUUCCAGAGCAUCCGUGAGAUCACCUGGAAGAUCGAUACCAAGGAGAACAACAUGAAGUACUGGGAGAAGAACCAGUCCAUUGCCAUCGAGCUCUCUGACCUCGUUGUUUACUGCAAACCCACCAGCAAAACCAAGGAUAAUUUAGAAAAUCCUGACUUCCGAGAAAUCCGUUCCUUCGUGGAGACAAAGGCAGACAGCAUCACCCGACAGAAGCCCCUAGAUCUCUUGAAGUACAAUCAAAAGGGCCUGACCCGCGUCUACCCCAAGGGACAAAGGGUUGACUCCUCCAACUACGAUCCCUUCCGCCUCUGGGUGUGCGGCUCCCAGAUGGUGGCGCUUAAUUUCCAGUCUGCAGAUAAGUACAUGCAGAUGAAUCACGCGUUGUUUUCUCUCAACGGGCGGACGGGCUACGUCCUACAGCCUGAGAGCAUGAGGACAGAGACGUACCACCCGAUGCCACCUGAGUCCCAGAGGAAGAUCCAGAUGACGCUGACUGUCAAGGUUCUCGGCGCCCGCCAUCUCCCCAAACUUGGGCGAAGUAUUGCCUGUCCUUUUGUAGAGGUGGAGAUAUGUGGAGCCGAGUAUGACAACAACAAGUUUAAGACGACAGUUGUGAAUGAUAACGGCCUCAGCCCUGUCUGGGCUCCAACACAGGAGAAGGUGACGUUUGAGAUUUACGACCCAAACAUGGCGUUUCUACGCUUUGUGGUUUACGAGGAAGACAUGUUCAGUGAUCCCAACUUUCUUGCUCACGCCACUUACCCCAUUAAAGGAAUCAAGUCAGGAUUCAGAUCUGUUCCUCUGAAGAAUGGGUACAGUGAGGACAUCGAGCUUGCUUCCCUCCUGGUUCUCUGUGAGAUGCGGCCAGUCCUGGAGUGCGAGGAAGAGCUUUACUCCUCCUGUCGCCAGCUGCGGAGGCGUCAAGAAGAGCUCAACAACCAGCUCUUUCUGUAUGACACACACCAGAACUUGCGCAAUGCCAACCGAGAUGCCCUCAUUAAGGAAUUCAAUGUCAACCAGAACCAGCUCCAGUUAUACCAGGAGAAGUGCAGCCGGAGGUUAAGAGAGAAGAGGGUCAGCAACAGCAAGUUUUACUCGUAGAAGGCAGUGUGUGUGUGUGUCUGUGUGUGUGCACGCGCAUGUGUGUUUGCAUAUAGGAGAACUCGCUGCUCACACUCUGGGAAGAUGCUACUCUGUGAUGUUGUCAUCCUCUCUUUAAGCCUGCCAUCAAGAUGACGUUUCUGAAGAAGCCCUCACUGGCCUGAGUUGGUGAUUUCCUGCUAGGGUUUUUUUUUCCCCCCCAUUUUGGACAACUCUCUUAAUUUAUGUUCUCUAUAGAGGAUCCCCAAAACAUGCUCCUCAAUUUUGGCUUCUCGUGUCCUAAACCUCAUUGAAUAAAAAACAGUGAAAGCCUCAGUCAGUUAAGCCUUCUGUGCAUGACAGUGAGCAAGAUUUCUUUUUCCUGUCAACAAGGUUCAGCUUCCGAUGACCCAGGUUGUUCUACGCAAGAUGAGCCGGAAAUGUAAGGAACUCCUUCAUUAUAUUCUGAAAAGGAUUUUAACCAAAAGGCAGCAGUUCCACAAUUCAGCACAUCGGAUUCCACAGGACCCAAAGAGGAGCCCUGUCUCCAGUCAGCGGGUUCAGCUCAAUGCAGUUUAACUACCACCCGCCAGCUGGCUAGACAGAUCUGCAUGGACCUGCCCCAGUCCACAAGAUGUGGUUGGGUGACGGAAUCUGUUCACUGAGACAAUUUCUAAGUAAUGGUAGAUACCUGCUUUGUGACUAGAGUUAUUAGAGGUGGGGUGGACAUCCUGAGGUCUCUUUUGUUUUAUAAAGUGUGUCCGACAGACCCUAUUCCUGCUGUAGCCUCUGCCAGCUUCCCUGCCUCUGCUUUGCCCACUGCUGGGAGGCUCCGGCCUCCCUUAUCACCCCAUGGUCCCACAGUGCUGGCUGGGACGCUGCUGGGAGGUCAACUGCUAUCUUGACUAAGCAGAUAAGAGUUUCAUUUAUAGGGAAAUGUCUCUGGAUUACCUGAUUUUCUGGAGCAGCCAGUUAAGCUUUUAUGGCUUAAGUAUUAGAAUGUUAGUGAAAAUCUCAAAUGCAGCCAUGCACAAAGGGACAGACCCACCUAGUUCAUGAGAAUACACACAGCUGUCUAGGAUUUUCCACUUCUGCAUCUUGAGAUACCAUUUCAGUGAUUUAAUAAUAGCUUUUUAAAGGAGAGGAGAGUGUUGGGGGUGGGGGGUCAGCAUAGACCCAAUUUGACACUCAGUGAAUCAAAAAUGGCCUUAAGGGAAAACAAUUACACAAUUUCUUGUGUAAUUGUGACAAGAAAUGACUAUGGCAGGAAGGAACAAACCAGCAGCAGACUGUGCCUUACAUGGGUGGACCUGGCCCUGGAGCCAUUCCGCCCUCUCCUAGUUACCCAAGAUGCUGGGCUCAGCAGGCCUGUAUUGCUAAAGAACACAGCAAAAUGAACCAGCCUCUGAUCAAAAAGACACUAUCUCUUCAUUCCACAGAAACUUACCGAGCACCUCCACAUGCCAAGCACUGCACCAAGGUUCGGGAAUGCAAAGUUUAAAAAAAUAAAAGCUACAGAUACUGGUCUCACGAAGCACCUCCAUCCGUGAGCUCUUAAAGCAGUGGUUCUCAACCUUCCUCUUGCCA